CAGAGUCAUCGCUCCCUCUCUCUCUCCUCCGUCUGAGUCUGAGCAGAUGGAGAAAAAUGUUAUUAGUUUGGGUCAUAGGAGGAAAACCAUGAUCAUAGCAGCGUGAAGAAGACAUCAGGGAGGAGGUAAAAAAUCUCGACUCAUUUUUGAGUCUUACUCGACUUCGAACAGAAACGACAAAUUCUGCUCAGAUUACAGCAGUUUGUUGCUGAAUUAGCUACGCACAGCGGACAUGUCAGAGAUGGAAGAAGGUGGAUCAGUCUCUUUAGUUUGUAUUAGAAAGGGUUUUGUUGAGAACUGAAGCAGAACUUUGGAGCAGAUGGUGUAAUCAUUUCUGAAGCAGCAGGAUGAACCCAAACUGGACCAACAGUCAGAGCUUCACCCUGAGCUGAGACGGAUUAAAGAACCUGCAGCUGUUUUACAGCAGCAUCUAGUGGCUGCUGCUAGAACUGCUAUUUCCGGCACCAGGCAUGGCUGACCCAUCAUCUACCAAGAACAAGCCCUACUCCUGGCUAGUAAUGGCCAUCAUCAUCACCAGCCUGCUUCUUCUGGACCUUCUCCUGGUUCAGCAAAGUCCUGCUCCAAAGAUGACAGGUGUGUGCAUCUCGGUGGUGGUGGGUGAUGUGAGUUUUUUCGUCAUCCUUCGGUACCUGGCGAUCUGGGUUGGGACAGAGGUCCAUAGUGCCAAGCGAGGCUACGCCAUGAUCCUCUGGUUCUUCUAUAUUUUUGUCCUGGAGUUGAAGGUUUACUUUGUUUACCAGAGCUUCAGGUCUCAGGAUUUGGAUGCUGAGUUGGGUUCAGAUGGAUCAAGGAGAUCUCUGACGCUGCUGUUGUGUAUUAGCUUACCCCUAAUGUUUGUAACACUAGCAGCUGUCGAUCAGUUGGAUUUUUUACAGCAGUAUAACAAAAGGGAGGAGAUGAGGAGCCGUUUGUUCUGGGUGGUGCUGGACCUCCUGGAUGUCGUGGAUGUUCAGGCCGAUCUGUGGGAGCUUCAGAGGGAACGUCUCCCUCUCUGGAUGGAAGGCGUGAUGUUCUUCUACUCCUACAUGGUCCUAUUGGUGCUGCCAUGUGUCUCCCUGGGGGAGAUCAGCAUGCAGGGUGUGCACAUCGCCCCCCACAGGAUGAUGCUUUACCAUGUCGUCAGCCUCAUCUCCAUCAACGUCAUCACCCUGCUGAUCCGCGGCGGGAACCUGCUGCUGUACAGCCACAUGUCUGGGAUAAUGGUGGGGAAGAACGGGAUCACCAUCCUUCUGAAGAGCUUCAGUUUGGUGGAGUUCAGGAAACACCAGCUCGCUCCUCCUACAAUUGAUCAAGGCGGUGAACUGAGGCAGGACGUUAUUGGAGAAGUUCAGGGAACCAGCAGGCGGCAGAUGGUAGUUCCUAGAGUGGUGAUCGAGGAUUUUACAACAAUACCUGAGGAGGAUGAAGAGGAGGGUGGGACCAAACGGGGAGAAGACAAUCAGAGAAAUCCAGCAGUGGAUCAACAACCUGAAGCUUCUACUGAUGUCCUGAUCCCUUUAAAUCUCAGUUUACUGAGAGUGGACUGAAGCGCAGAGAAUGAUUAAUUGUCAUUUCUUUCUGUUCAUUGGAAAGACUGAUAAUCUUCAUGUUCUCCACCUGGAUCCAGCAAGCUUCCAAAUAAACUUCCUAUGUGUGGCUGUAUAACUUAUGGACAUGCGUGUAAUAGAACUGAGCCGGUCCAGGUGUUUAUAAUCUUUUUCUUAGAGUCCUUUUAAUUUGUCCAUAUGUAGGUUUGGGGAUAAAGCCUGACUCCUCACUGGUCUGCAGCUCCACAGGUCAUAUUCGUUCCCUUUGCUCAGAUUGUCUCUUCCACAAGAGUCCCAAAGACAACUAAAAGCUAAGUGGACAUGGUGGCUAAUGUCAGCACCAGAUUCUACAAAACAGACAGAUCUGCAACAAUUCUCUUUUAGUUUGUAGGAAUAACUUGGAGAUGGCAGAGACCAGAAGAAUGAAGCAUCCGAAUAGAUGGGCUAUCCUACUAACUAAUAGCUCCUAAUCUUAAAAACCAAACCUGGCUAAAGGAUUCUUACCCUUA